AUGGUUUCUAAAGCAGUACUUGCGUUAGCGGCAUUCUGCCUGGUGCAGUGUUUGGUUGAAGUAGAAAGUUCUUUUAUAAAACCAAAUAAUGUACCGAGGGUUGGGAGAAGUAGUGAAGCUGACGGUCCAUUCGAUCAAAGCAUGAUGGGAUAUGUUAUUAAAACAAUUCCAAGUAAAAAUAUUCCUAGAAUGGGAAGGAGAAAUUACGACUCAGAAAACCGAUUUGAUAUUCCUAAGCUUUAUCAAAUCCCAGACGAAACUAGAGAAUAUUAUGAAGGUAAUGAUUCUAAGUUCACCCAAGAGCAAGAAGAUUUCUUCGGCAGUCAUUAA